AUGGGCUCGAAUCUCACACGUGUCCCUAUCUUCAACUCUCUCAAACACGUACCCAUCGUCCUCCCUCCAAAUGUCACUCCUCUCUCUCUCAUCGGCUCCAUUCUUAGAGUAAACCCUCCUCCCAAAAACACAUCCUCACAUCGUCUCCUUGUUCUUCAUGUUCUUGUUCUUGAAUUAGUCCUCCAAAGCCAUGAUCAAGAUACUCAACCCUCAGCCUUACUCUCACUCUCGCUCUCAACAAACCCGCCUGCCACUACCACUCUCAAGACGGCGGAGAUUUUGUCUAAGUAUCGGCCUAUUGCUCCAAAGCCCGAGACGUCUCCGUCGAACAACGAUGACCCUUCAUCCUCCAUGUCUCACAAGAUCAACCAGUCUCCUUACCUUCGAAGUCUCUGGCCUCAGCUUCAGGCGAGACCCACAAGAACCCGGAAGCGUGGCAGAGGCUCCAUGACCUCAUCGCCUCCGACUCUUCUUGGUCUGAAAAGGACCAAGACGACGGUUACACCCACUUCGCAGCAUGUUCUUGGGUUCCCUGGCGUUCAAACGCUGUCGUUUCAGGCGAUUCCAGGUCUUGCCCAAGUUGGGUUUGCGUUGGAGAAUGUUGUUGGGUCCUCUGGUUUGGUGACUCUGCCUCUCCUUCAGUGUUCUACUACUUCCCCUCUGUCUGGUGAAACCAAAUGCAUGGAACUUGAAGGGAAGGAGAAAAGAGUCAUUGAUUUGAACAUGUCUGCAGAAUCGUUAAAGGAAAGGGAUUUCUUGGGUCAAUUACAAGGACCUUCCAUCGCGACAACCACGAACAGAGUCAUAGCUCCGCAUCCAAUUCGUCCUGUCGGUUCCAAGAUCAGUGUCUCCUGCAUAAACCCAGACAAGAACUCACCAAUACGAUAUCAAAUUACCAAAACAUCACAAGAGGUUGAAGAAGAAGUGGAAUCCGAUGACUUGCCUGCUCUGAUCACUGAUUCUAACAACAGGGUAAGGCUCGUGAACUCGGCGUUCAAGGAAAUGGUGGGUCAACCAGAGUGUUCAUGGAUGGAUUCCAUGGUCAACGGAAAAACAAACAGAGGGAAGAGGAUUUGUGGGGAAGUGAUUCUCUGUCUUUGCGAUCCGAGACCGCCAUUUUCGGACAACGGGUUCUCCUGUUGGGCGAGGAUCGAGUGGGGAAGAGACGAGGACAAGAAGCUCGUCGACACUCUCUGUCACGUGGCGAGACUCAGUUGCAUGUCCAAGAACUAUAUUUUCUCGUGGAGGUUCCACACUAACACCAAAGGCUCUUCUUGCUCUGGCUUCAAUGCGUAGGUUUCAAACCAAAAUCCAUAGUCGGAUGAUGUAAAAAUUUCGGCCUUAGCUUUCAACGUGUAUAUUUUUUUCAGUUAGUUAUAUUUCUCUUGUUUUAAUAACAGUACUAGGAAAAGCCCAAGCUUGUUUCAUA